CAGGAGCACUUAGGGUGACCAGCCUAUGGUUUCAGCUGGUGGACGCCCCUCAGCAAUUAUGACAGAAGACAAGGAGUCAGACAUGGUGCUAAAAGAGCUUUUAUGUACUAUAUCAGGCUGUAUCACACAAAUUACACACCAAAAUAACAUAGCAAUCACUAGUAUUACUAGCAGAACAAUUCCAAACAUCCUAACAUUCUAACACCAUAGGCUAAGAGAUUCUAACAUCAUAAGCUAAGAGAUUCUAACAUCAUAAGCUAAGGGAUCCUAACAUCAUAAGCUAAGAGAUAUACGACCUGUCUCUGCUUUGCAGGCUCGGGCUCCCGACGUCUUCUUGGGCGUUGGUUGUGUGAGCGCCUUAUCAGGAGGUGGAAGGCGAGAGUCUGGGUCAGAAGGAGGGAGGUGAGAGUCUGAGUCUGAGCGGCGUGGAUUCGUUCAGCAGGCCAUCUCGUCUCCGGCUUGGUCGCUUCUGACCGAGAGGCUGCCAAAAGAUGAAGCCACUGUCUUUGGUCUUUGGCCUCUGGGUUCUUAUAGGAUGCUUCCUGUCCUGUGAGUGUCACAGAGGCCCUAGAAGAUAUGAUCGUAGAGGACCACAUCAUCAUCAUCCUCCUCCUCCUCCUCCCCCUCCACCCUUUGGUCCAGGAUUUGGUCAACCACCCCCUCCACCCUUUGGUCCAGGAUUUGGUCAACCACCUCCUCCUCCUCCCUUUGGUUUUUAUCCUCCUUAUGUACCACUUCCUCCGUAUCCUAGACCUCCAAGCAAUCCUCCUCGACCUCCUCCAAGCAUUCCUCCUCCUCGACCUCCUCCCACAGUACAAGCAAAUACAAUACCAGCUGCCAAUAUCUCCGUAACUACUCCUACUGCCGCAAAUUCCACUGAUAAUUUUUGGAGGUGGUGGCAAUUAAUAAACUCCCUUUGGCAGUCAAAAUAAAAUAAACCAAAGCACUGAGGAAUUUGGGGAGAAAUAAAAGUUAAAGGCUUAAGAAACAACCUUAACACAAGCAUUAUACAAAAUAAAAAUAAAGAGCUGAACAGCAUUCUAAAGCA